GACCUUGCUAGCAGUCUUGCAUAGAGCAGACAGCCUCACGGCUCUGCUUGAGACAAUGGACAAGUACGAGAAGGUGAUGUGUUUGGGCAGAGGAGCAUCAGAAGUUUUCCUGAUGAGACACGUUGAGUCAGAGGGACUGCAUGCAGUGAAGAGGAUCAAACUGGAGAGCACACAGACACCGAGGGCUGUUCUUCAAGAGGCGGAGAUCAUUAAAAAGCUGAAGCAGCCUCACCUAGUGCACUGCAGUGAGGCUUUUGUGAGCCCUGAUGACGGCUUUAUUUAUAUUGUGAUGGACUACUGCGAUGGAGGCACAUUAGAUGACAGAGUCCAAGAGAGGAAACCGAACGACUUCUUCACGGAGAAUAUAGUCAUGGGCUGGUUUGUGCAGGUCGCUCUGGCUGUGAGUUACAUACAUGAAGUGAAAAUACUUCACAGGGACAUCAAAACCUCAAAUGUGUUGCUCACAAAACAAGGCGUGGUGAAGUUGGGUGACUUUGGGGUAUCCAGAGUGAUGACCAACACAGAUGACAUGGCCUCCACAUGUGUGGGAACUCCCUACUACCUGAGCCCAGAACUCUGCCAGGAUGUGCCUUACAGCUGCGAGUGCGACAUCUGGGCUCUGGGCUGCCUGCUCUAUGAGAUCUGUGCUCUCACGCCUCCAUUUGCAGCCUCCAACCUCCUCAGUCUCUUCUGCAAGAUCACCAAAGGAGAGUACGAACCGGUGCCUGAACUUUACUCUCCAAACAUCUCUUCUUUAAUCCAGAGAAUGUUAAACAUUCAACCCCAAAACAGGCCGAGUGCUGCCCGUAUAGUUGACAGCGCCUUUAUGCAAGAUCACUUACGGCACGUUCAGUGUAACGAUUCGCUGAAUCAUGAGGAUGAUGUGGAGGAGGGCUGUAUCUGUGCUGGUGGCCAGAGUCCCUGCGGCUGCACCUACCCUGAUGAUUUUGAUGAGGAUGAGGAGCGAAAUUUUUCGUUGGUGGAACAAAGCCAACAAUCGUUCUUAUCAACAAGGAGACACUCUGCCGAGUGCCUCGUUUUUUUACAGUGUUGCCAAGACAUUGAGGACCAAGUGGAGUAUCCGGAUGACUUUGAGGAAGAUGAGGAAAAGGACGAGUGUGCAGACGUGUCAUGUGGAAAUCACAUUCCCGCGUUCGACCACGAUGAUUCCGUGGAUGAGUUUCAGCUCUGCGAUGCUGGAGGAAUGGUUGUCACACUGAAGGCUUUGAAGGAAAGGGGCUAAAAAUGUAUUUUUGAUCAGACGGGAAUGUUUGGGUUCCUGCUCUUCAUCAUGAAAAGAGCCUCUUUCCAGAACCUAUGUGGCUGCUUUGUUGCUGUUCUAACACUUGCUGGAGCCAAACACACCCGACCAUGAGUGCAGUUGUGUUUAGAGGAUCAAUGUCAAUGUCAGUUGGUCGGGUUUUAUCAGGACCAGGAUUAAAUCUGUAUGCAUGUGUGGCUUAAAAAAAAAAAAAAAGCUAAUAUUUAUUCUUGUCGUUGUAGGACUACGCGAUGAAGAAAGAUACGUUUGAGGAUAGACACAAACAAGUUAGAGUCAAUGGGUAGUGCUGCAACGUUUCCAGAAAGUUUUUUGGGUGUUUUUUUGGGGGUCGGGGUUUUGCUACAUUUCAAUGUGAAAUGAACAAAGAUGGUGAAUUUGAUCAAAGGAGAAACGUACUAUGGGAGUUUCGGGAAUUAAUAUGUUGAUAUAUAAGUUGAAAAUGUCAAUAUUUUUUUCUGUCAUUAACGGACAUCCAUGCAAAAUACACGUACUUGCAUAACAUUUGUUUGGUUUAGUCAGGUUUAGGUCAAUCUAUAUUUUGUAUCCUCAAACCAUAUUCACAGUAAAUUGCUUAUUAUGAGACAACCUUCAAUCAUUUUCAAUUCCGGUUUAUUCCCUUUUCUUCUCAUAAAUUCCUGUUGAUUCUCAACAAUUUCCUCGAAUUCCCAUGAAAGCUGACACCUCUUUCCACCAUUCAAUGGCACAAAUGCUGCUGUUUAACUGUAUUCAUGAUGGCGGCAUCUACUAAUUGUUUUAAUAAUUGAUCAAUCUGUUGAUUAAUCGAUGAAUCAGACUUUUAGAAGACAUGCUUUUGAUUUGCAUUGCUUUUUAAAAACAUGACAUAUUUGAAAUUGAUUAUGAUUCACUUACUGGUGUGAUGCCUAACAUCUCAGAAAGGGCUAAAUAUGUUGAUCAUUGUUUCCCAAAGUAAAAGCAAAUGUUUGAUUUGGAUUUAAGACAAAGAUAUCCAGUCCACGUUCAUGGAAGACCCCAGAAUUUGGGUAAUAUAAGAGGCUGAAAUUUUGAGCAUUUGGACCAUUUUAAACUAAAAAAAGGUCUAAACAAUCCAUCGAUGAUCACAAAUCAUUUUUGAUUAAUUUGAUUAUUGAUUAGUUGUUGAUUAAUCCGUUAAUCGUUGC